CCGAGGCUCCCGAGACACGCGGCCCCGCCCCUCCGCGCGCCAGCCUCUCGAGCCAGGGCGCACGCGCAGGGCUCCCGGAGGCGCGUCGAGGAGCGCGCGGCCGUGGCCGUCCCCUCCCCCCACCCGUCGCCGCGCACGCCGGGAACCCGUCUCCGCGGCUGCUUCGGCUGCGGCGGUCGGUAGUCGCGAUGGAGUCUCCGUGGAAUGAGCUGACUCUUGCGUUUUCUCGCACUUCCAUGUUCCCCUUUUUUGAUAUCGCCCACUACCUGGUGUCAGUGAUGGCGUUGAAGCAUCAGCCGGGAGCUGCAGCGCUGGCAUGGAAAAAUCCUCUGUCAAGCUGGUUUACUGCUAUGCUCCACUGCUUUGGUGGAGGAAUUUUAUCCUGUGUACUGCUUGCAGAGCCUCCACUUAGGUUUCUUGCAAACAACACUAAUAUAUUACUGGCAUCUUCAAUCUGCAGCCUAUCAGAGCAGGGACUUUGUUUUGUUGAUUGUGUGCCAAGUACUACUGUUCCAGGCUCAGAACAAAAAGAACUGGAAACUUUUGGAGAACAGCAGGGGACGAGUUCAUAUCCUGAAAACUGUAAACAAAGAGCAAGAAUCAAGUAUAUAUCCUUCCUUUCCUAUAUGAAGUAUACAACUAGGUAUAUUGCAUUUUUUUGCCCAUGUGACCUAAUUUCCCAGGCAUACUCAUUCCUACCUGUUCAACUCUUGGCUGCGGGAAUGAAGGAAGUGACCAGAACUUGGAAAAUAGUAGGUGGAGUCACACAUGCUAAUAGCUAUUACAAAAAUGGCUGGAUAGUCAUGAUAGCUAUUGGAUGGGCCCGAGGUGCAGGUGGUAGCAUUAUCACGAAUUUUGAGCAGUUGGUAAAAGGAUGUUGGAAACCAGAAGCCGAGGAAUGGCUGAAGAUGUCCUACCCUGCCAAGGUAACCCUGCUGGGAUCAGUUAUCUUCACAUUUCAGCAAACCAAGUAUUUGGCAAUAUCAAAGCAUAAUCUUAUGUUCCUCUUUACUGUGUUUCUUGUGGCCACGAAGAUAACCAUGAUGAUUACAAAGACUGCCCUUGUGCCUUUUGCUUGUUUUGAAGAUACAUUGAGUCGGAUGCUGUUUGGCUGGCAGCAGCAGUUUUCACCAUGUGAAAAGAAAAGUGAAACAAAAUCGUCUUUCAAUGGUACUGGUUCAUCUACCUCAAAACCUGUAGCUAAUGCUUCAGAUAAAGUUAAAAAGAAACAUAGUAAGAAGACUGAGUAAAUUCACUUGAUGAGCUUGAGAAAGCAAAAAAUUUUCUUUUUCUUAUCUACCUGUCAGAUUGUGAUAAACAUUUCUUGUAAAUGAUGUAAAUAAAGAUUAUAAGGAUUGGAGGUGACAAAAAGAAAGAACUUCUUUCUUUUUCAGGGAGACUGUCCCUUUCUGGAUUGUAAUUUCCUGAGUGUUAUUAGUAUAUCAUGUGAAAUUGUUUUUCUAAGUUAUAUAUAAAAGAUUCUAUUGUGAUUUUUAAAAGUUUUAUAUGGAUAAAAGAAGGCUGGAUUUUUAAAAAAUGUUAGAAAAAGUAAACCUAUUGUCAUUGCAAAAUAACAAAAAUUAAAUUUUUAUUGUUGAGAUAUUUCAUAAAUCUUUAUUUGAAUCUAUUUGAGCUUUAGUUCAGCAAAAUUAAAUUUUUAUUUCACAUUACCAUUAUAAUUCCUAGAUAUGAAAAAGAUAUGUUUAAUUUUGAGUACUGGGAAGAGUAAACUUUACCUAAAUCACUUUAUAUUAUGAAUGAAAAUAAAUUACUAGCUUAGAUCUCAGAAAUGAACAUUGUAUUUUUUUCCCAUAUUAAAUGGAAAUAUCUGAAAUUUAAUUGUUUUCUCCUAGAAUUUUUCAGUGAGAAUAGAAUAUUAUUAGUCUUAAUUUUAAGUGUGUUUCAUGCCCUUGUUUGUACUAUUUCUUUUUUCUCAAAAAAAUCAGGGGCAUAAUUUUUAAUAAGUUACUAAGUCCAUGUUUUGCUUUGUAAGUUUUGAGGAGCUUAUUUUUUUCUCUCUCCUUAAAACACAUUUGUUUUAACUGUGGGAGAGAUUCUUCGGAGCAUUUCGUAUAUUGUUUUGUUUGUUUGUUUGUUUUUUAAUUUUUUUUUACCUUACAGUAUUGUAUUGGUUCUGCCACACAUCAACAUGAAUCUGCCACGGGCGUACAUGAAUCCGCCAUGGGUGUCGUAUAUUCUUAAGGAUUAUUUAAAUUAAAAAAAAUUACCUCUAUGUUUCCUUUCUUAUGAUUACUGGUCAGUUUUCUAGUAGAAUGUCUCUUACUAGUGUUACGUAUGUUUGUUAUGUUUUAAUGUACAUGUGCAUGUAUUAUUAAUCUUAUUUUACAUUAAAACUAGUUACAGCUCUAAUGAGAAUUGUCCUGGGGCAUUUGACAGCAACCAGCUAAUUAAGAAGAAACAAACUAAAAUCUUGUAUGGUAGUAGUCUACUUGAGUAAAGAAUGAUGACUUUACAUUUUGUACCUUAUUGGCAAAAAUAAUUACAAUAAUAUAAUAAUAAGUAGAAAAGUCAUUAAAUAAUGUUAAACUUUCUUUAUUUUAUAGUUUAAAAUUCCAGUUAUAAUUUUAAAAACUCUGUGACUGACAUGAUUUCUUCUGCUAAGACCAUGAGCCUGCAUAGAGUUAGUAUGUAUCAGGCAUUUUUGGAUGACAUAGAAAUAUUCAAAUCAUAUUCAGUUUGAAAGUCUUGGUUUUUAAAAUUAAAAAAAAUAAUAAAUAUAAACACCAGCAGGUACUAUACUUUUACUUGCUAAGAAAGUUUUUUUGUGAGGGGGGAGGACCUUUGAUAGCUUUGGAAUGAUCAGAAGUUAAUUUUUUAAUAUUCUGACAAAAGUUAUUAAAUAUUUAAGGGUUCUGUAUUAUAUUUGAUACUUUUAUAGUUAAAAACUUUUCAGAAUUAAAAUGUUGCUAAUUACUGGCUUAGUUUUGAAGUUUGGGUUUAACUAAUUGAAAUGUCAGGAAUCUUAUUUUACACUUGUGUUAAAGAUAAACUUAUUGCAAUAAAUUAUUUAGUACCAAU